GCAUAAGUUUCUUUGCUCCUGCCACCACUGCACCAAUGUCACUCAUCAUGCUACUUAUUGCCGUCCUACUUCUUUCUUCCCCGAAGCUGUUAGCUGAAGGCCAGCCCAUCUGCAGCAAUGCUAACAUCAUGUACAUGCAAAGCAGUACCUAUGUCUCUAACCUGAAUUCCCUUGCUGAAGCACUAUUUGCCAAUGUGACAAAUUCAAACUCACACUCAGCUCGUGAUACAGCUGGGAUGGGUUCUGACAUGAUCUAUGGAGCAGUGCUAUGCCGAGGAGACACAACCCCCGGCACUGACUGUGCAUACCGCCUCAAGGAGGUCCUUGAUGCAGCAAGGAACAAAUCAGCUAAUAGUUCCUGCUCUUCCCAAAAGGACAUAACCUUGUUUGACGAUGGGUACCUGGUCCAGCUAAGAUUCUCUGAUCAGGAUUUCAUCUCCAACUUCAGCAACUCUCAGGAAUGCAUAGUGAGAGCUAAUCUGAAUCGUCCACCAUUAGGUCAUGUUUCGGAGCAGUUCGGUAGUCUUGUUUCCAAGCUGAUGGCUGAGCUCACAGAAGGCGCAACGAAGAAGACAGGCAGGUACGAGACAGGCCAGGGCUGGCUCACCGAGAAGGGCCAGACAGUAUAUGGCCUUGUGCAGUGCACAGAGGACAUGCCGCCAGAUACUUGCCGGAGUUGCCUGAAUAGUGCCAUCACAAAGAGGGAGCAGAUGGUUAAAAGUGGCCAGAUGGGCGGGGCAAUCCUCGGUGUGCACUGCAGCUUUUGGUACCAAACAGAAGUUCAGUUUUUUGCUGGCGCACCAGUGUUGUCUUUAAAUAUGCCCACACCAAGCAAAUUUUGGAUCUGGGUCACGAUUGGAUCGUUCUCAGUCGUGGUUUCAAUUUCUUGGCUGCUUGUUAAUAUUUGGAUCAAAACAGAGAGGAAAAGAGAAAGAGCAAGAUUCGAACUACAAUUGCUAUCAAUGGCGAUACAAAAUGUAAUCAAUCUGUGGAGGAUUGAAGAAGGCAACUCUGGGUUUUCUCUGUAUGAUUUCUCUCAGAUAAAGGAAGCUACAGGCAACUUCUCUAGUGAAAACAAACUUGGAAAAGGUGGUUUUGGACCAGUCUAUAAGGGCCUAUUGCCUGGUGGUCUUGAAGUAGCAGUCAAAAGACUUGCAGCAUGUUCGGUACAAGGUUUGUUAGAGUUCAAAAAUGAAAUUCAGCUGAUAGCAAAACUUCAACACAAAAAUCUUGUUAAGUUACUUGGCUGCUGUAUCCAAGGAGAUCAAGAAAAGAUGCUUGUCUACGAAUAUAUGCAAAACAAAAGCCUGGACAUCUUCAUAUUCGAUAUUAACAAAGGAGGGCAAUUGAACUGGUCCAUGCGUCUACACAUAAUUGAUGGGGUAGCGCAGGGGCUCUUAUAUCUUCACAAGCACUCACGAUUUUGUGUUGUUCAUAGGGAUCUGAAAGCAAGUAACAUUCUAUUGGACAGCGACAUGACUCCAAAAAUUUCUGAUUUUGGGAUAGCAAGAAUAUUCAGCUCAAACAUGACGGAAUCAAAUACAACCAGAAUAGUAGGCACACAUGGCUACAUAUCUCCAGAGUAUGCCUUUGAUGGAGUUUGCUCAAUCAAGUCAGACGUCUUUAGCUUUGGAGUCUUGGUCUUGGAAAUUAUAAGCGGAAAGAGGACUACUGGUUUCUAUCCAUAUGAUGGAAAAUUAUACAAUCUCAUUUCAUAUGCUUGGAAACUUUGGAAAGUUGGAGAAUGGUGCCAGCUGGUUUGUUGUCGUAUAGGAGAAAAUCAUGAAGCGAUAGAAAGGUGCAUUCAGGUGGCACUUUUAUGUGUUCAAGAGAGCGCAGAGGACAGACCUGCUAUGGAUCUUGUGGUUAGCAUGCUAAACAGUGCGAAUGUGAGCCUGCCCAAGCCAAAGCAACCAGCUUACUUCUUUGUGCGCUCUAGCGAGUCAGAAGCUUCAUCAUGCAACAUUAAUAUAAGCAUUACGUUGGCAAGGUAGACUAGCAAUCCAAAAGAACGUGAACCAACCAUGUUUCUAUGGUGCUAAGGGAGCUCCAAGUCUAAUGUAGAGUUGUUUGCCUGUAUAUAUGAUCUUUUGUUUUUGUUUGGCCAAA